AUGAUUCCGAGAACACUAUUACGCCAAACCCGGGCAGUGAGCUCCAGUAUACGGGCAGCCCCACGGUCAUCAUUAGCACGGCCACAAUUCCGCCAAUCCAAUCUUUCCUUCGCAUUGGCUUCGAGACCAGCGACAUCGAGAUGGUAUUCCACAGAGCCAGAAACCAAGAAGGCGGAAGGCGAUGCUACUGCAGAGUCGAAAACAGAGGGGAAGAGCAGUGAAGCAGAAGAUCCUGCAAAGAAGGAAUUAGAGGCGAAGAAUAAGGAGAUUAUUGAUCUGAAGGAUCGAUAUCUCCGCUCCGUGGCCGAAUACCGCAACCUCCAAGAGAGAACCAAGCGGGAUAUGCAAUCCGCGAAGGACUUUGCCCUGCAAAAAUUCGCCAAGGACCUCGUCGACAGUGUCGACAACCUCGAUCGAGCCUUGGCCAUGGUCCCAGAGGAAAAGCUCAAUGCCAAGGAGAAAACAGAGCAUUUGCAAGAUUUAGUCUCACUAUAUGAUGGUCUGAAGAUGACCGAGUCCAUCCUGAUGCAGACGCUGAAGAAGCAUGGACUGGAGAGAUUCGAUCCUAGCGUCGAAGGCGAGAAGUUCAAUCCGAAUGAGCACGAGGCGACGUUUAUGACACCCAUGGAGGGGAAGGAGGAUAACACCGUCUUCCAUACGCAACAAAAGGGUUUCAAGCUUAAUGGGAGGGUCCUACGAGCUGCGAAGGUCGGUGUUGUGAAGAAUACAUAA